CGGAAAUACAACUCGUCUUUAGGAGCAGGAAGUCAAAACUUGAUGGUGACAACUUCUCACGAUGGCGCCCCCUGCUGUAACGGCGGUGGUAUUGCUGGUGCUCCACUUAGUUUUGGGACUGUGCUCUCACCAACAUCUUCAUGAGGACCAUGUGGAACAUCAGCUGAACUCCGAGCAUGAUAUGAACGUCCUGCUGGGAGAAAAGGGCACGGAAACGUUAAAGAAACUAAGCCCGGAGGAGCAGAGGGAAAAGAUGAUGGAAAUUGUAAAGAAGAUUGAUGCAAAUGCUGACAACAAGCUAAGUGCUGAGGAGAUCACAGCAUGGAUUCAGCUGGUCUACAGAAAGUACGCACUGGAUGACGCAGAGGAGCGCUUCCCUGAAUUUGACGUGAACCAGGACGGUGUGGUGGCAUGGGAGGAGUACAACAUGGCCGAGCUGUUUAGUCUGGAUGAAGGCCCCGUUGUGGAUGAUGCCGAGCGAGAGUCCAUAAGACACCUGCACCUGAAGGACAGGAGGCGCUUCGACUCUGCGGAUGUAGACGGCACUCCCGGCCUCAACGUGACCGAGUUUUUGGCCUUCACCCACCCCUCCGAAGUGGACCACAUGGCGGACUUUGCCAUCGAGGAUGUGCUGAGUGAAUAUGACACGGACCACGAUGGACUGAUCAGCCUGAAGGAAUUUAUUGGAGAUCUUCGACGGGACGAGGACGCACCUUCCCAGUGGGAGGUGGAGGAGACGGUGCGCUUCAAGGACCUCUACGACCAGGACCAGGACGGCAAGUUGAAUCGAGAGGAGCAACUGCGCUGGAUCGCUCCUAACAGCUACGGAUCUGCCCGGGAAGAAGCUCUCUACCUCAUCAAAGAGAUGGACCAGGAUGAAGACGGCCAGAUCUCAGCGGAUGAAGUGUUGAAGAACCAAGACACCUUCCUGCACAGUGAAGUCACCGACUAUGGCAGACAUCUGCACGAGUCACAUGAUGAACUUUGACCCCAUCAUCCCCUCAUUUACUUCCACCUGAUGAACUGUAACGUCAUCAUUCUCUAGUACUUUUUAUUUGUAAAAGCACUUUACAUUGAGCAAACAACCUCAAAGUGCUACAGUGCGUUUAAAAAACAAAAACAACACUCGAACCACAAAUAACUGCUCCCAACAAGUAAAAUAGAGUAAAAAAAAAUAAAACUAAUAGCUAGAACUAGCACAUGUACACUAUAUUGCCAAAAGUAUUUGGCCACCCAUCCAAAUGAUGAGAACCAGGUGUCCUUAUCACUUGGCCCGGUGUAUCAAAUCAAGCACUUAGGAAUGGAGACUUUCUACACACAUUUGUGAAAGAAUGGGCUGCUUUCAGUGAUUUCCAGCGUGGAUCCGUCAUAGGAUGUGCCACUUGAACAACAAAUCCAGUCGGGAAAUUUCGUCGCUCCUAAAUAUUCCAAAGUUAACUUUAUUAGAAGAAAAGUGAAGAGUUUGGGAACAACAGCAACCAAGUGGUAGGCCAGGUAAACUGACAGAGAGGUCAGCAUAGUGCAAAGACUUUCUGCACAGUCAGUUGCUACACAGCUCCAAACUUCAUGUGACCUUCCAAUUAGCCCACGUACAGUACGCAGAGAGCUUCAUGGAAUGGCUUUCCAUGGCCGACCAGCUGCAACUAAGCCAUACAUCACCAAAUCCAAUGCAAAGCGUAGGAUGCAGUGUUGUAAAGCAUGUUGGAGACGCCUUCUCUGGACUGAUGACUCACACUUUUCCAUCUGGCAAUCUGAUGGACCAGUCUGGGUUUGGAGGUUGCCAGGAGAACGCUACAUUUCAGACGUCAUUGUGCCGAGUGUGGGGGAGGAAUUAUGGUGUUUGGUUGUUUUUAGGAGUUGGGCUUGGCCCCUUAGUUCCAGUGAAAGGAACUUUGAAUGCUCCAGGAUACCAACAUAUUUUGGACAAUUCCAUGGGAUGGCGCUUCAAGUUCAUAUGUGAGUCAAGACAGGUGGCCAAAUACUUUUGGCAAUAUAGUGUAUAUCUAAAAAACAAGGGUUUUUAAGACUUUUAAAAAAUAAUUUACAGUCUGUGGUACCCUCAGGUGAUCAGGGAGAGCGUUCCACAGACUGGGAGCGGCGGAGCAGAAAGCCCGGUCUCCCCCAAUUCGGAGCUUUGUCCUCGGCAGUAGAGGAGGUUAGCCUGUCCGGAACGGAGAUGUCGUGUGGAGGAUUUAGGGGUUAGCAGUUCUUUAAGGUAUAGGGGGGCAUUUCCAUGGAGGCACUGGUGAGUUAGUGGGGAGACUUUGUAUCUCUCAUUUACUUUCACCUGCAGGAGUCACAUGAUGAACUGUAACACCAUGAUUUACUCUGAAGUCACACUUCUCCACAUCGAGGAAGUCAAUGACUGUGACAUGUAUUUGCUUAAAAAGUGAACUAGCAGUCCCGUCAUGGUAGCGGCCGCUCACGUGCUUCCUCUUUUUCAAACAAAUGAGCGAGCUGCAGUUGACUCGACUCAUUUCCUGCAUCCUCUCACUGGCAGUGUCAACCCGGGCGUUGCACCGUGCGCUAAACUUCAGGAUGGACUUAGACUUUAAGGAUGCCUUUUGGGUAAGACUAUUCUUCAUUUUGUCAACAAUGUUUCGCUUUGCUGAACACUGAAGUUAAUGAGUCACUUCAGCCGUGAUAAUCUGUGUUUGUUUGACCACCGCCACUCAGCAUGUUGCAAUGUGGCCAAUUAUCAUCGGCCUUGUCAUUUUGUAACACUAACAUCCUGGGAGAGGAUUCUCUUUGUAACCGUUUUUCAGAAGUAAAACUCUAAACUUUCCGGAUUGUAGGGUUUUUUGUGGCCGUGCAUUUGUUCCCUUCUUUCAUUUUUCACUUUUGUCAAGUUUGAAACAGAAUACUUUACUGGUAAUUAUGUUAUUAAAAUGUUUUCUAAUUUUG